AGGUUCGGACUGUUAACGCAAGCACGUGUCUCGCCUUUCUGACGGCGGACCUGGCGGCUUGCCUUCAGCCCUGUUCUUGCGUCCGGCGUCGUUUUCUCAUUCGACUGGUCAUCGCCGACACCUGGAAAAUCGUGGAUAUUUCGUGUCGAACGAAGACGGCGGAAGGAAAAACGAAUAACUAAGACAAUGGCAGUCCGUGUCCAGUUCGAAAACAACAACGAGGUCGGCGUUUUCAGCAAGUUGACGAAUGCCUACUGCCUCGUUGCUAUCGGCGGUUCUGAAAAUUUCUACAGUGUUUUUGAAGCAGAAUUGUCAGAAACGAUUCCAGUUAUUCACACAUCAAUUGCUGGCUGUCGCAUAAUUGGUAGGCUUUGUGUAGGUAACAGACAUGGUCUUCUUGUACCGAAUACUACAACAGACACAGAACUUCAACACCUUAGAAAUUCCCUACCAGAUUCUGUGAAAUUGCAGAGGGUAGAAGAAAGGCUGUCUGCACUGGGAAAUGUAAUAGGCUGCAAUGAUUAUGUAGCCCUCGUACAUCCCGAUCUUGAUAGAGAAACUGAAGAAAUCCUUUCCGAUAUCCUGAAUGUUGAAGUAUUCAGGCAAACUGUAGCUUCUAACGUACUUGUCGGCUCUUACAGUGUUCUUUCAAACCAGGGAGGACUAAUACACCCACAAACAACAACUCAAGAUUUGGAUGAACUUUCAUCCUUAUUGCAAGUUCCUCUUGUUGCAGGAACAGUAAAUAAUGGUUCAGAGGUUUUAGCUGCAGGAAUGGUUGUGAAUGAUUGGUCUGCUUUCUGUGGCAUGGACACAACGUCUACAGAAAUUUCUGUUGUAGAAAGUGUAUUUAAAUUAAAUGAGGCACAGCCUGCUGCCAUUACAACAUCAAUGAGAGCUUCAUUGAUCGACAGCAUGGCGUAACACACAGGCCUUUUUAUUUUUAAUAAUUUCCACCCAGAUGUAAAGGAUAAGUUUUAAAGAAAAUACCGGAGGAAUAAUUUUCUUCUAUUGUUCAAAAUAGCACAUGUGAUUAAACUCAGGUGCAGUUUUAUUAAUGCAUAUUAUUUAUUUUUUCAAAGUGUAGUUUGCCAUAUGUAAAUUUUUCACUCUGAAUAAUAUCGAAAUAAAAUUAACAUACAAAUCUCUUUACAAA